GCAGCGACGUUGAAACGUUUCGACGUCUAGCGUGUAUUUUGAAAGGUCGUAGUUUUUAACUUCCCGCGUACGAGGCGGUGGUACCGCGGUUCCGGCACUUUUUACGCCGGGAGCGACCGACCCGAGUCCCCCGGCGCACGCGUCGACCUCAAAAACGUGGCACUCGACGCGUGCGCCCGGCGAAUUCGAGCCGACCGCCGACGUCACGCGGGAGUCGAAAUUCAACCCCCUUGAACGACGGGGGUGACCCGCCGUGAAUUCGCCCGUUUGGCGGUUUUUUUUUCGAAGCGACGAUAGCGCAGGAGUUUGAGCGGUACGAUUUUCGAUCGGGGCGCGUUUUCUCCCGUCUGCGCAGGUGCCGCUGUGUUCGACUCGCUUCGACUCGAUUCGUCGACUGCGGGAGUUCGGGAUUUCGACGUUCGGGGGAAUAAUCGCGUGAGCUUGGUAGUUUCUUGGCUCAGUCUGCGUUCGAACGUCGUAGUCUAACGAUCGCCGCGGAAAUGGCGUGCCAAAUCGUUAAUUUGUUCAAAGUGUGCGGUUGUAGUUUGUGAUCGGAGGUCGGUCCAUAAGUUGGUCCGUCCGUUAAAGUACGUCGGAAUUUUUUCGGUCGCACGCGUCCUUAAAUCGACCGUUCGAAAAGUCUCGUCAUCGUUUACAACGCCGUCGACAAAGAGAAAUACCAAAAUAUAAAGUGCAUCGGAAAAACCCAACGCCGAGUGAUCGAGGAGUAAAGUAAUAAAUUGGUGAAGAGAAGUAAAAAGUCGAAGCGAGACGAAAAAAGUUCGUACGGAAAUUCGUGUUCUCUCGCCGAAUAAUUAUUGUUACGGUGAUAUCACUUUGGAACCUGUUACCCCCGUCCAGGAACGACCGGCUAUUACUACUGGUAUCGGUGUACAAAGAGACAGGAUCGAAGCCUUUCGCAGCGUGAUCACGUGAUAACUAAAUUUGAUCGCCUAUUCGUGAAUAACUGUUUAUUUAAAUUAAUUACCUAAAAAAUAUUUAAAAAAAAAAAAAAAAGUGUAUAUCCUACUCUUGUUAUCGUCGAAGGACUACGAAUUUAUAUGUGUAUUUGUGCGUGAACGAGUUUUUUUUUAAUCUUAUACCCGCAGUACGUUGAUAAAUAAAUAAAGAAAAGUAUAAUCAGUUUUUUUUUUUUCAAAGAAAAAAACCCGAGAAAGUGAUAUUAAAUGUUAAUGAAACUUAGCCGAUAGUUUAUACACAUUGUAAUAAUAUAUCCUAAUGUUGUUAUAAAAUAACUAAUUUCACCUACAAAAGUUGCAAUGAGAUUAAGAUUUUAAAAAUGAUAAAAUUUCUGUUAACGUUAUAAAACAAAUUAUACGAUAAACAGAGAGAGAGAGAGAAGGGACAAGCGGGAGACUAGUUGGGUGGGUAGGUACGUGUGCGUGCGUGUGAUUAAAACGAAUAUGAGAGUUGCUAAGCAGCAUCCGUUGCAGUUACAAGUGACGCGAUCGAAUAAUGGAAAAUUUCUCGUCAAUCAAAAUAAUUGUACCAAUGGUAACAUCGUCGGCGACAACAAUCAUCACUACCAGCAAGUGCAACGGGAUAUUUCAAGCGUUCACGAAGUAAGUCGGAACGAACGGCAUGCCGGUGAUCAAGAGCAGCAGUUGCAGCAAAACAAUCGUCAACGCGAUCUGCAGUUGCAACAAUCGCAAGAUUCUCAAUUGCAACAAAAUGAUCAAGGCAGGGGUGAAAUCGACCGACAGACCGACCAACCGAUGCUGCUUCAGCAACAACGACAACGGAAAAUCGACAAAAAUGCCGAAGACAUCGUAUCGUCCGCCGGUUUUCCAACGUGCGAAUCGGUGCCAAGGACCAAUCGCGGGCCAACUUUGUUGGGCGAAAGAUUUUUAAUAAUCGGACAAGCCGAGGGGAGCACUCUUUAUCGAUGCGUGGAUGUUCAAACCGGACAGCGACUCGUUCUCAAGGUAUUGAUCGCUGGCGAUAGGGCAGGUCAGGCCCUUUUGGACGCGCACCUGCGUCUGGAUGGUACUGGCGCAGCGAGUGGUAUAGCUGGCGUAGUCGAUGCUCCUGGAGGUCGGAAGUAUCUUCUUCUCGAGGGACACCAUGGCGAUCUACAUGCCUACGUAAGGGCAAUGAGACGACUCAGAGAACCAAAUGCUCGUAGACUGUUCAAACAAGCUGCCCAAGCCGUUGCGACCUGUCAUGAAUAUGGUGUUGUUCUGAGGGACCUCAAACUCAGGAAAUUUGUGUUCGCCGACAAAGAAAGAACAAGACUUCGCUUGGAGAGUUUGGAGGACGCGGUGAUAGUCGAGGAUAACGAUGACAAGUUGGCUGACCGCAGGGGCUGUCCGGCUUACGUAGCUCCUGAGGUUCUUCGUUCGGGUCGCGCUUAUUCCGGAAAAGCAGCCGACGUUUGGUCCCUCGGUGUUUUACUUUACACGAUGCUAGUCGGACGUUAUCCGUUCAACGAUAUCGGGCACGCUUCUUUGUUCGCCAGGAUAUCAAGGGGCCAGUUUGCUAUACCCGAAGGGUUGAGUCCGAGGGCCAGGUGCCUGGUGAAAGCCUUACUUAGAAAAGAGCCUGCGGAACGUCCUCUGAGCGAAGACGUAAUCGGACAUCCUUGGCUAUCGAAACCUCUUAGCUUUCCUCAAACUUCAGUGCGGUCCCCGCUGGAUCAGCUGGUACCGCAACUAAACACCGCCAACAAUUCUCAAGACUGAUUAUAUAUUGAAAGAAUAUUAUGUGUAUUUAUACGAUAUGUACAAUAUACUUGCAUAUUGUUAUUUUUCCUGUUUCAACUAUGCGAUCUUUCGGUCAGAUUAUUAGAUUUUGAUAAAAAUGAUAUGAUGUAAGAAGAAACUAAUUUUUUUUGUUUUCUUUUUCUUUUCUUUUCUUUAUUUCAACCGAUUUAUGGACACGAAUUUCGCAGUGGGAUUAUCUUGUUUUUUGUUUUUUUGUUUCGUAAUUAUUUUUCUUUUUAAAUCUGUUUUCAAUUUUGUGUUUUUUUUUUUUUAAAAAUUUUUUUUUCUUCGCAUAACGUGCUGUUUGCAUUUUUAACGGAUCUGCAUGUCAUCUGUAAUGGUAAAUAAAAUUUGCUCGAAAAUUGAUGAAGAUUUCCGUUUGCCGUUAGCGUUAAAAUUCCUCUUUCGAAAGACAGCAAUGUUAUGUAGUUUUUUUGUAUCAUUAUUAUUGACAAUUGUCGACCUCGUGAAAGCCAUCAAUGAGCUGUGACAGCUUGUACUUGUUCUGUAUUAUUCGAUGAAUAUUUUUUUUUUUUUUUGUUCUUUCCCAUUUCCAUGCAUAUGUAUAGACGAAGACAUACGGAGAAAGAAACAAGGAUAGAAAAUCCGAUUCAAAAGGAUGAGAUGAAAAUAAAACGAAAAGAAAAUCGCUUUCUUCGCUGGGUAGUCGCACCGAGCGUGUUCCUAUAUACCUAUAUGAAUAUAAGCGCAGGUAUACAUAUGUAAGGAAAGUAUCAUGGAUUGUAUCGAAUUCGGCAUGACACACCUGGUCACACUAAUCGCCACGUGCAAAUUCAAUUGUCUCGUGGUGAUUAGGGACACUGAUUUACCGACUUAAUUGCGCGCCGAAUUCAAUACGAUCUAGGAUACUGCCCUUACAUAUAUUUAUAUAUAUAUAUAUAUAUAUAUAUAUAUACUUAUGAAUAUAAUAUAAUAUGUCAUUCGUAUAUAAGUCAUAUACAUAUGUGUAAAAUUUAGAUAGGGUAAUAAUAUUAUAGAACUCCUGUGAAUACAAGCAAUUAAACUAUCUUUUCAUUGAA